AUGGGAUCUCACGCUAACGAGGCCUACUCUCAACAAAAUAUGAACAAUCGAGUUCCAGCGCACAUUUCGCAGUCUGCUCGUCAAUUGACCAACGGCCCGCCACCGCCUGCCAACUACCAGAUGGCCCAAAUGCCUAUGAAUAUGCCGCAGCAGAUGGCAGCGCAUGGCACUGACAUGUAUGGCCAACAGGCGAUGGCUGGCCGGCUGCCGCAUAUGCCUCCGGCGCCGCGUCCAAUGUCGGGUCCUCCGCCCGGCGCCUACCCGGUGCCGCCACAGCAGAUGAACCCUCAUCAGCCCCACUAUCACGGAGCCCCUCCAGGACAGCAUCAUCACCCUGGCGCUAUGCAGAUGAUGCCGAACUUCCCUCCUGGCAUGCAAGGAAUGCCGAUGCAGAUGCCACCACCAACGAUGUACAUGAUGCCCAUGCAGCAUAUGAUGCAGCAACAGCCCCCUGGUAGCGAAUAUUAUCAGGACCAAUACCAUCAACAGCACGCCCAGCAUCCUCCUCCACAAAUGAUGCAGCCAAACUACGGCAUGGCGCCGCCCGAGCCUGAUUAUGCUAUGUACAACCACAUGAUGCAAGGCGCCGCUAAUCCAGCGAUGAUGAUGCCCCGGCAGCCCAUCCCUCCCCUGAUGGGCCAGCAAAUCUUCCAACCUGGCAUGGGCCAACAGCCAACGGAAGCGCAUGAAUAUCAACAUACGCAGCCUCCUACCUAUCACCCGCAGAAUGGCCAGAACAGAAAUAUGCAGCGAGAUGGCCCGCUCCGAACCUUCAGCAAUCAGCCCUCCCUGAGCCGGAAGCAGAGUGACGUCACGGCCGAAGACGAUGGAAAGAAUCAGACGCGGGACAAGAUGCGCCAGGCGGUGCUCGCCAAGCUCGAGGCGGAUAAGAGCAGUGAAGCUGAACAGGCGGCCGCGAAUGAAGAAAGCUCCAAUCUGGAGAUGCAGGAGCUGGCCUCGGCUUUAGAGGAGACCCAGGCGUCAAACUCUGAGACGACGACCGUCAUCGAGAACAAGGCGUAUGCCGGGAAAACCAACUUCCAAGACGAACAGUCCGAACCUGAGGACAAGCCUGCGCCGGUGAAGCGAUGCGACGAUGUUCGCGCCACGCAAAACCGCCCUUCUUCCGAUGUGCGCAUGUCGCGUGACAGCACUGGUAGCCGCGAUCGCCCAAAGCUUCUUAACCUGCUGGAGCCCGCGGACGAGUCGAAGGCUGAUCGCGUGCGACGCACCCGGACUUCUACUGCUCCUACUGUGUUGAGUCCAAGCCGGAAGCCGCGAUGUCUCAUCGUUAACCCGUCGCCCACGCCGCACACCACGGAGAAGCCGCAUCCCCGCGGCGAUGGCAACUACAAUAGUUACCGGGGCCAUUCCGGACCUGGGAACUACGGCGGCCCUCGAGGCGGAUCUUUCCAAACGGGCCGAGGCGGAAGUAUGCAACGUCAUGAUUACCACGGCAGCAGGGAAAGCUUCAAGUCACAGGGGAACUAUUCGACCGGCGGAGGGCAGAAGCCGUACCCACCCAAUCAUAGUGGGCCGUUCCGGGGG